GUCCAGCUCCAGGCUUUUUCUGCCAUCUCCUCCUCCUCCUCCUCCCGGCCCCGCCUCCUUCCUCUCGCCCUCCCCCUCCCCUUUUAAGAGUGGCCCGCUGCUGCCUCUCUUGUCGAUCAUCCCUAGGGGGGCCACCGCAGGGGAUGGCUGCUCAGCGGCUCGGCAAGCGGGUCCUGAGCAAGCUGCAGUCGCCCUCCCGGGCCGGGGGCAGCCCUGGCAAUAGCCCCGGGGGUCUGCAGAAGCGACACGCCCGAGUUACGGUCAAGUACGACCGGCGGGAGCUCCAACGGCGGCUGGACGUGGAGAAAUGGAUUGACGGUCGUCUGGAGGAGCUGUACCAGGGCCGGGAGGAAGACAUGCCUGAUGAAGUCAAUAUUGAUGAAUUAUUGGAACUAGAGAAUGAAGAGGAGAGAAGCAGAAAAAUUCAGGGAAUCUUGAAGUCCUGCAGGAACCCCACAGAGGAUUUUAUCAAGGAGCUGGUCCUGAAACUUCGGGGGCUUCACAAACAGCCCGGCCUUCCCCGGGGGAGCCCUUCAGAUGACUCAGAUGGGGGUGGUAUGAGUUCAGUCCAAGAUCAAGGCAGCCCGGCUCCUCGCUGACGGCCCUUUUCCCUCUGAUGCCCUCCAGAGAGAUGGUGUAUUCCUGUCUCUACGUUCCCCACAUCCCUCUGCCCGAGACUAUGUUUAUAAAUUGUAUUUUAUGUUGUUUUAAAAAGAAAAAUGUGUUUGUGGUUCGG